AUGGCGCUGGAGAACACGGUCUUCCCCUCCCGCCCGGACUCCCUCUCGCUCCCUGUGGAGGAGAAAGGGGAAGGGGAAGAAGAAGUGGAGGUGGCCACCGAGGCCACCGCCUCCACCGGCGUCUUCAACCUUUCGGAGGAGCUGGGCCACGUCGUUACCACGGAGACGGCGCCGUCCCCUCCUCCCUUGGUCAAGGUCAGGAGGUCAUUCCAGAACAAGCUGGCCGAGCGGGAGGCCACAGCCGGCCAGCACAGGAAGAAGAUCGUGCCGGAGAAGGAGAGGGGACGAUUCGGGUGGGUUCGGGCUCGGCGUAAGAGGCAACGCUAUGUGGAGAAGAACGGUCGCUGUAACGUGCAGCACGGCAACAUGCGGGAGACUUAUCGCUACCUGACUGACAUCUUCACCACGCUGGUGGACCUCAACUGGCGCUGCUCGCUGUUUGUCUUCGUCAUGGCCUACGCUGUCACAUGGCUCUUCUUCGGGGCCAUCUGGUACCUCAUAGCCUACUGCAGGGGUGAUUUGGACCAUCUGGAAGACGAGACGUGGACGCCGUGCGUCAACAAUGUCAACGGCUUCAUCUCGGCCUUCCUCUUCUCCAUCGAGACAGAGACAACCAUUGGCUACGGCCACCGUGUCAUCACCGACCAGUGUCCAGUGGGCACCAUGCUGCUGCUGCUGCAAGCUAUACUGGGAUCCAUGGUCAACGCCUUCAUGGUGGGCUGCAUGUUCGUGAAGAUCUCGCAGCCCAACAAACGAGCGGAGACGCUGGUGUUCUCCAAACACGCCGUCAUCUCUUUGAGGGACGACAAGCUCUGCCUGAUGUUCAGGGUUGGCGACCUGCGCAGCUCUCACAUCGUAGGGGCCAACAUGAGGGCCAAGCUCAUCAAGUCCAAACAGACUCAGGAGGGUGAGUUCAUCCCUCUGGAUCAGACGGACAUCAGCGUGGGCUUUGAGACGGGCGAUGAUCGUCUCUUCCUGGUCUCGCCGCUGGUGAUCUCACACGAGAUUGACGCACAUUCACCUUUUUGGGACAUGACACAGUCUCAGCUGGAGAAGGAGGACUUUGAGAUCGUAGUGAUCCUGGAGGGAAUGGUGGAAGCAACUGGGAUGACGUGCCAGGCGAGGAGCUCCUACCUAGCAGAGGAGGUGAUGUGGGGUCACAGGUUCAGCCCGAUGAUGUCUCUCGCAGAAGGUUUCUUCGACAUCGACUACGGCGCCUUCCAUCACACCUUUGAGGUGGACACUCCCUCCUGUUCGGCACGAGAGCUCUCAUUGGCUGCGGCCAGACUUGACGCUCACCUCUACUGGUCCAUCUCCAGCAGGCUGGAUGAAGAGCCCACUCUGACCAACCAGGCGGCCAAGCAGCCGGACAGCUGCUCGGCCAACAGCAAAGUAGGGGAGCCCACCUUCAUCGUCGGAGAGAUGACUGACAUCCAAGAGCAAUCAGGACUGGGCGAGCUGAACGGCAGCGUCGCCACCGACCAAUCGGAAUCAGAGGCCUAG